AUGGCUGCCAGGGAGCCAUCUAGAUACCUGACAAGGGCAUUGCCCCGGGCAUUUGCACCUUCUGCUCGUUCCCAGGCCUUUUUAGGACGGCGCAAUGUCUCCGACGAGGCUCCGGUCAGGCGUCUGUCGGACUUGGAGACCGAGUCUUCAUUGAUGACGACUGUGUCUGAAGAUGCAGCAAAGUCCUUUGACCCUAUUGCGCGAAGCAAAUCCCGCAGAACACAACUUCCGCGGAGUCGAUACCAAUUCCGUUCCCCGAAGUACAACCGCGGUCCUCUUCACCCUCACCAACCGCCACCUCCCUCCGAUCCCUCUUCCCGUCUCUUCGUCCCGGGCCCUUUCGCUCUUCCCCGUGCCGAGCAAACCUACAACUCGACCAUCGCAUCUGAUAUUCUCACUCUUUGCUACGUGCACACUCCUCCGGGCUUCACCCCUCCUCCCAAAGCACCGCGUCUGCGUGAGUGGGACGACAGUUCGCCAUACCACAAGAACCGUCCUCUCCGCGGACCCCGUGGUGGAGACGUGCUGCGGUUGAUCCGCAAGCCGAUCAAGUUCAACAACAUCCCCAAGAUCGAGCGCAUUACCAUUCACAGUUACGUGAAACAGGCGGCGCAGGAUAACUCUGCGUGGUUGCACGUUGCUGGUAUGGCUGUUCAGGCUAUCUCCAAUGUGCGCGUGGAGACCUACAAGUCCAAGGCCAGUGUUGCUACCUGGAGCAUUGCUCCCGGUCGCGACACUGUGGCUGUCAAGGCUGAGCUCCAAGGUGAGACUAUGUAUCACUUUUUGGGCAAGCUGAUUGAUGUGGUCCUCCCUCGCAUCAAGGAUUGGCCCGGUGUUAAGGGCAGCAGUGGUGACAGCAGCGGAAACAUCACAUUCGGUCUGGAACCUGAGAAUGUUGCCAUGUUCCCCGAGAUUGAGGUCAAUUACGAUAUGUACCCUCCCAAGAUGAUUCCUGGUUGUCACAUCACCCUCCACACAACUGCCAAGGCCGACAAGGAUGCCCGCCUUCUCCUUAGCGCCAUGGGAGUCCCUUUCUACGGAAAGAUUAUCCACUGA